UCCAACAACACGCCCCAGAAAGCCAGGCAGCAGACCGUCUCGGAGACCUUCUCCGAGUCCUCCUCCGACAGCACCCAGUUCAACCAGCCGGCCGGCUACCGGCGAGCCAACAGCGAGGCCUCGUCCAGCGAGGGCCAGUCCAGCCUGUCCAGCCUGGAGAAGCUCAUGAUGGACUGGAACGAGGCGUCCUCGGCCCCGGGCUACAACUGGAACCAGAGCGUCCUCUUCCAGAGCAACUCCAAGCCCGGACGGGGCCGGCGGAAGAAAGUGGACAUGUUCGACACUUCCCACCUGAACUUCUCCUCCUCUUCCUCGUCCUCCUCCGUGUACCCCUCCAAGAGGAGCACGGGGCCCCGGCAGCCCCGGGGCUCCCGCGGCGCUUGCGCCUCCAAGAAGGAGAGGGGGACGGGCAAGGCCAAAUUCCCCACCAAGUCCCAGCCGGUGAACCCCCUCUUCCAAGAGAGCACAGACCUGGGCUUAGACUACUACAGCGGGGACAGUAGCAUGUCCCCCCUGCCCUCCCAGUCCCGGGGCUUCGGGGUCGGCGAGCGGGACCCCUGCGACUACGCCGGCCCUUACUCCAUGAACCCUUCCACCCCUUCCGACGGGACGUUCGUCCAAGGCUUUCAGAGCGACUCUCCCGGCUUGGGGCAGCCGGAUUUGGAGAGCAAACACUUCCCUGCCCUCCCUCACCAGCUGGCUGCCCCCGGCCAGCAGACUGUGUUCGAGGCCGGCUUGCAGAAAGCCUUCUCGCCCAACUGCUCCCCGACGCUGGCCUUCAAGGAGGACCUGCGGGCGGGCGACAUCCGCAAGCUGCCGGCCUGCGACUCGCUCAAACACAGCAUGCCAGGGGGGGCCCUGCCGCACGCCCCGCACAUGGCCUGCCGCGACCUCCCCAUGCCUCAGCCACACUACGACUCCCCCAGCUGCAAAAACCCCCCGUACUGGUACUCCCCCAACGCCAGCACCCGGAGCCCCUCGUACGACAGCAAAGCGGGGGCCAGCAUGCUCGUAGACUUCAUGGGCAGGACGGACCCCUCGUGUCUCAACCCCCACUUGACCAGCCCUGGCGGCACCCAUCCCUCCAAGGGCGAGAAGGAGCCCUUGGAGAUGGCCCGGGCUCACCACCGAGGGCCGUACGCUUGUCCCUUGAUCAAUGACUUGAAUAUCUCCCCCGUACCGAGAGACUCAAUGCUGCAGCUGCAGGACAACUACAGGUACCCCAGUUUUGCACCCCAAGGGCACCCCGUCAUGGCCCCCACCCAGAAGAGCGGGUUUUUGGGUCCAAUGGUAGAGCAACACCCCGAGGACACUUUUACGGUCACCUCAUUGUAGUGUCAGCUGACGUGCCAACCGGACAACGAGGUUUUGUUACAGGGUAGGUGCCGGCGCCUC